AUGUCACCUAAAGUAUUAGCUCGAGAUAUGUCUAAAAGGUCAUAUAUUGUGAAAUGCCUUUCACCUAUACUUCGAUCUUUUAGAAAUACAUUUUCUGAAAUUAGAUACGAGCAGAUUGAGAAGAAUAUUAUUAAAUCUAUAAGAAAUGUGAACAAUAUAUUUGCAAUUAAUAUAAAGAUUCAGAAAACUGAUUUGUUAGUUCUAAGACUAUUAGAUAUAACUGAAAUUCUACAUGUUGAAGUAUCUAGACCACCUUAUAAACCAGAAAAGAAACAUACAGUUAGAGAAGCAAAAAAAUUACUAAUGAUAGCUGUUUGUAAUUUAUGUAGAAUAUUGGCAAAUAAUUUUGAUUGUCUAAUUGAAAUUACUAAGAAAGUCAAGUUGUAUAGUAUACAAAUAAUUGGUGAUAAAUUGACAUUAUUUGCUAUAUUACUUAUUGACAAUAAAAAAUAUUUAGCCAUCAAAUUGGCUUUGUAUAUAAUUCUCUAUUCGCUUAAAACUAUCAGAUGUUAUACAAAAAUCUUUAAUUUUUUCAAGAUAAUAAGAAACAAGUUUGUUGAACAAGAAAAACUUCUAGAAAAAUUUUGUUCUUUUAUGCUCUCAGUCAAUGAUGAUACCAGUGACCUAUAA